AUGGGCUUUGGUGAAGGCGAAGGCCGCUUCGGUUGGUUCAAUAACGCCACGAACCUCGACUAUUCCCUACGCGCUGUCGAUGCUGCACUGGCCUUUAUUCAAUCCUCUGGAACUCCGCAAUCAUACACCCUGGAGCCGAUCAACGAACCGGUGGACAAUCGCGAUAUCACAACCUUCGGCACACCAGCCGCGUUGACGGACAACGGUGUCGCAUGGGUACAGAAGUACAUUGACGCGGCUAUUGCGAAGACAGUAGCCGUGAAUAAGAACAUACCUGUCAUGUUCCAAGGCAGCUUCAGAGGUGAAGCGUUCUGGUCUCCCAAGUUCCCAGCAUCCACCAAUCUCGUCUUCGACGUACACAACUAUUACUUCGCUGGCCGCCCAACAGACUCCGAUACCGUGAGCGCAGACAUCUGCUCCGAUGCCAAGGCAUCGGCAGGAGAUGGCAAGUUUCCUGUGUUCAUCGGUGAAUGGUCGAUUGAGACGGUGGCGGAUAACAAAUUUGCAAAUCGUCAGAAGAACCUGAACACCGGGCUGUACGCCUUUGCAAAGUACACUAGGGGUAGUGCUUACUGGACCGCGAAGUUUUCCGGAAAUGUGCCGGUAGCUGGCGAGGGAGUACAAGGAGAUUAUUGGAAUUACUCGGCUUUUAUCGAUAUGGGUAUCGUUAAGCCUGGCGAAGGCGCAAAGUAUUGCUCCUAG